CCUGUUCUUCUUCACCCCCCCAACUCUUUUCCUCUUUUCCCCUUCUCCACCCAAAAACCCUAGCAUCCUCCUCUUCCUCCUCCUCUCUCUCGUCCUCUCCACCCCCUCCUCGUCCAUGGCGCAGAGCAACAACAGUGCCAUCCCCAUCACCGAGCAGUUCUAGUCCCUCGUCGAUAAGGCCGAUCGCCGCUUCUCCUGCGUCCGCGAUCGCCCCUCCCACAACCGCAAUUGGGACGACGGGACUUCCACAAGGCGUUCAAGCUCUACACGCGGCUGUGGAAGGCGCGGCGCUCACCGAGGCCGGGAUGCGGCGGUGGGAGGUGGGCGAGAUCGCGUACCGCAUCGCCCAGCUCUACUACGGCUAGUACCGCCGCACCAGCGACUCCUCCUACCUCGCCGAGGCCUUCGUCUUCUACGAGGCCGUCCUCGACCGCGAGUACCUCCGCGACGCCCCCUCCGCCGCCGCCUCCGAGGUCGCCCUCGCGCACAAGCAGCUUCGUCUCCUCGUAAGGUUCCUCAAUGUUUCGCUCGUCCUCGGGUGCCGCGAGAUGGUCUUGCGGCUCGCAUCGCUCCUCCGGAUCAUUCUCGAGGAGCACAGGCGGAGUUUUCAGGUUCAACGUAUAUUAUUCCUUGCGAUUUGGUACCAUUUACAAGAAGACCUCUGUUUCUGGUGAUUGACAGUAAAUGCAGCCACGCAUUCAAGAGAAGGGAGAGACGGCAGCUAUGCUUCUUUCCCCAAUCUCUCAACCUCCGACAGCUGCGGCUGGCGAUGAUUCUUCUCGCUCCCAAAAUGGUAGCCAAUUCACAAUGUUCCUCACAGCACCGUUGCAAGCUUUCUGCUUCUUGAUUGGAAUUUCGGGCACGAAUAUCAACAAGGAGAAAUAUGUUGCGGCUGAAAAGCUACUCUCAUUAUCCUUGAAGGAAUGGGAAACGACUUUGGUGGCGUCCGACGCUCUCCAUCCGGUCUGGAUUCAAGCAUUGGGUGAUCCCUUUUUAAGGCGAUUCAUCCUCAGGGACCCCGUGACUCAAGUGGAGCCAAAAAUGACAGACUAUUGGAAAGCAACGCAUUUACGACAUAAUGGAGAUUGGAUGGAUGGUCGAUCAAAGGAUGUUAUGAAUGUGCAUUCUGCAUCAUCAACAUCAGAUGGCUAUCCUAUCAGUAUAAAUACUAGUAUCCACGGUCGUUUAGUUAAAUCGUCGUCAAGAAAUGAAUUGCUGUUGAAAUAG